AUGUCUUCCAGCAAGGACAUUGUCUUCAUCACCGGUGGGAACACUGGGCUCGGGCUCGAAAUUGUUCGAGCUCUGGCGGCGAGUGCCAAGGCCUACAACAUCAUAAUCGGCUGCCGGACGCCAUCCACCGGCGAUGCCGCGAUAGAUACAGUGAAGGGGGAACUUCCGGACACGGCAUCGUCGUUCAGUGUAGUACAAUGCGACUUGGUUUCGGACGAAUCGCUUGAGGCUGCUAUUCAGCGGAUUGGUGAGAUGCACGGCCGUCUCGAUGUGCUGAUCAACAAUGCGGGCAGCAGCUUCGACGGCGAACUACAACAGGGCAGUUUGGGUAUCCGCGAGGCUUGGAACAAGUCGUGGGACGUCAACGUGUCCGGCACGCAGGUAUUGACAACGCUGGCGGUGCCGUUGUUGCUCAAGGCCGAGAACCCGCGACUCCUAUUCCUCACCUCGGGCACCGCGACCCUGACCGAGACGGAGAGCACGGCCACACCAACCCUCAGCCGCAUCAACGCCAGCCCCGCCGCCGGCUGGCCGAAGUCCGCGCCGGCGGGAUUCGGCCCCCCCACGGCUUAUCGCAGUAGCAAGACGGGCCUGAACAUGAUGAUGCGCGAGUGGACACGGAUCUUGAAGAAUGACGGGGUCAAAGUCUGGGCUAUUAGCCCGGGGUUCCUGGCCACGGGACUAGGUGGGGUGGGGGCAGAAAAGUUGAAACAGCUCGGCGCACUUGAUCCUUCGGAAGGGGGUAAAUUUGUCAGGGAUGUCGUACAGGGGAAGCGCGACCAAGAUGUCGGAAAGGCAAUCCGGGCAAACAUGAUCCAGCCUUGGUGA